CGAUGAAAUGAAAUCGCGCAAAACCUCAAUCUCCAUAACGAUUUUCAUUUUCCCUUACAAUUUUCCACCCACCCCUGCACCUAACGACACGGCCGUUCAUCGAAGGGUGCGCUUCCAGAAGGGGCGAAAAUCAACGCGAGGCGCAGGCGCCUGCCCUCUCGUCUACGAAAUUACACUACACUAUUCCUGCUUUUAAGUACACCAAACCCGACGCAACAUACACAAAUACAUUACCAUCACCUACAUUCGUAUUACCAGUAUUACAAUUAUAAUAUAACACACGAAAAUAACGCAGUGAUCUAUGAAUGCUUCAGUUCGGAGCCCGCUCGAUAUAUCGUCGAAAACGCAACUUUAUUGGAACAAACGCGUAGUUAGUGCAACAAUAAAGCCCUAAGUUAAAAAAGCAAAGUGAUCAAAGAAUGCUCGUACAGUUCACGGGACCCGCUCGAUGUAUGUGCGUUAAUUAAAAUUAAAUUGGAUGAAACGUGCGUAAGUGAGUGCUUUUACUAAUAAUCAAAUAAAUAUAUUCUCCUCGCAUUCAACGUGCUGAUUAAUUAUUAAAAUCACGGCAUACCCGACGAAUUAAAUGCGCGUAAAUAAUAUUAAUAAUAAAUUAACAAACGGUGACCGUUCGAUGCGUGCCAAUCGAAGCGGUUGACGAAACCGCUGGAUAGUCGGAAUUGAAAAUUGGGAAAACUCGUCGGUGGAAAAAGCGCGGAAUUCGAUCAUUUUCGCGUGCACUUCCGCCAUUUGUGGGUCAAUAAAUCAACAAAAAAUGACCGGGAGGAGCGCUGCACGGCGGAGUCGUCGCGAAUUUUCACCGAAAACAAACGCCUGAGGAAUGAAUGAACAUAAUGAAUGACGAAAUGUGCAGUUUGUGAUUUCCACGGAGAUAAUGCUAGUGAAACAACGGUUGUGAUUUUUCCUUAGUGUGAUGAAAAAGUUUCCUUUGAUAUAUUCGAUCGUGACGGUGAUAUAUAAUUAAGAUUAUUUUCCUAAUGUUUGAGACAAUGGCCGUGAUGGAGAGGAAAUUGCGCACGACAAUCGUCGGCGUGCCCCCAUGGCGCUGUUAAUGCGACGUCUAUUCGUAGACGCACAGGCAAAGCUUCGCAGAAUGGUAGAAGAACAUUCCUCGGACCUGUCCGCCCGGAUAGAAUCCGAUUACCCCGCAGCCACCCCCGCUUGCGCCGGCCCCGACGCCAAAAUGACCGACUGCACCGCCCCAGCGCGUGUGCCCGCCAUCGCCCACCAACCCGACGACAAACCCGCCGAAAUCGACGCCAAAUCGACGGCCGCCGAGCUCCCGCCGCCCGACAAAAACGGCGUCGCGAAGAAAUUCAAGUCGAACCAAGAGGAAUCCGACAAGGACGACCCGCCGGAAGAUGAUCCCCGGGAAGCUGAUGUACCGGUGGAGGAAACAGCCGCCUCGAAUCCGCUAAAGAGCAGCCGGUCGUCGCUCGAAACCGGCUCGGACUCGCCCAAACCGGGCUGCAGCAGCCAACUCGACGUCGACAUCGCGGAUUCUUCGUCGCCGCGGUCGCCGCGCAGCUCCGACGGCAACCACCGCGACGACCUGUCGGCGCUGCUGCCGUCGCCGUCGCGCUACGCCAAGCCGUCGGCCGACGCGGCGACGGCCACCGUCCGGCGCGUCCGGCAGGAGAACGAGCGCCUGCAGGCGGAGGUGACGCGCCUGAAGCGGCUCGUCGUCAGCGGCGCCACCUCCGCCCUCGCCGAGAGGAAGCUCCGGGCCGCCGACGGGGAGGCCGAGGAGGCCAACGAAGGCGGCGCCGCCUCCGCCUUGGAGCUGGAGCUGCAGCUGGCCAGAGAGGCGCUGUCUACCCUGAAAGCGGACAAAAGACGCCUGAAAGCCGAGAAAUUCGAUCUACUCAAUCAAAUGAAACAGUUGUAUCUGACGCUCGAAGACAAAGAGAAAGAGUUGCGCGACUUUAUCAGAAGUUACGGCCAGCGGUCGAGGGACAACGAUACAUCGAUGCAACAACUCUCCACCGAACGAGAGGAAAGAGAACGAGAACGAUGGAGUUUGCUGCGGCACGCUCGAGACGAGGCCGAAAGGAGUUUAUCCCUCGCAGCCCAGCUCAACGCCAAGGAGCUGCAGCUUCAACAGGCCCAGGACCAGCUACAAGAGGCCAGAAGAUUAUUGGCGUCGAGCGGCUGCCUCUCCGACCAGGAGUCGCUGGCGUCGUUGCCGCGGCACAACAUCAACGGCGGCGCGCUGACGCCGGGCUCCGGCGGCCUGUUGUCCGGCCACCACGGGCUGGGCCAGCUGCCCGGCGACCGGGGCAGCUGCAGCGCCGAUUCGGGCGUGAGGGUGAGCUCGGACAGGGAGAGCGGCGCCACCUCGGUGGCCGGCAACCUGUCCGAUUCGACGACGGACGGCGCGCCCACCGUGACGCUGGGCGGCGGCGACGGCCACAAGGACGUCGAUUCCAUAUCGCUGAUGUCGUCGGUGCCGCCGCCGCACAUGUACCAAUCUUCGACCAAAGACUGCAGCCCGACGCUGUCUCCUCUGAAUGCGAACGCGUUCUCUAGGUCAGUAGAUCCGGCAUCUUAUUCAAGAUCCGUGGAACAACUCAAUUCACCGAUGGAACCAGAACCAAUCACCGUAGGUAGACGGAUCAAACAAUCCAGCAGGCCGUCGAGCGGAAGGGGCGGCACUUGGGGCAGCAUAUCCAGGGUGUUCGCCAGAUCGAGACACCGGAAUAAAUCCAACUCUUUGCAAGAAACUAGUGAAUCGUACGAUCCGUACAGAAGUUGGUCCCCGUUGACAGAAGAGGGCUACGCGGAGAAACUAAGACUGCUUAGAGAAGCGAACAGCAUACCGAUGGAGCGAUGGAGAGCCUCCACGGUACUGGCUUGGUUGGAGAUAGCUUUGGGUAUGGCCCAGUACGGGACCAGAUGCGCGGAGAACAUCAAAAGCGGAAAGAUUGGUCCUUUGCAUGGUCAGGUGCUCUUGGAGCUGAGCGACUUGGAGUUGGAAUGCGGACUGGGGGUGACGCAUCCGAUGCACCGCAAGAAGAUCCGGCUGGCCAUCGAGGAGCACCGGAACCCAUCGCUGGUGAGGUAUCCCGGCGUCGCCCAAUUGGGCCACAAUUGGGUAUGCAACGAAUGGCUGCCCGACUUGGGAUUAGCACAGUAUUCGGAAAGUUUCGCUACUAACAUGGUAGACGCCAGAAUGUUGGAGCAUUUGAGCAAAAAGGAAUUGGAGAAAUAUCUAGGCGUGACCAGGAAGUUCCAUCAAGCGUCAAUCGUACACGGAAUUCACCUUCUGAGAAUCAUGAAAUACGAUCGACAGGCGCUGGCAGUUAGAAGGCACCAAUGCGACUCCAUGGACGCCGAUCCCUUGGUGUGGACCAAUCAGAGGUUUGUUAGAUGGGCCAGGAGCAUCGAUCUCGGCGAGUACGCGGAAAAUUUGAAAGAUAGCGGCGUACACGGGGGCCUGGUGGUGCUGGAGCCGUCUUUCAACGGCGACACCAUGGCAACCGCCUUGGGCAUCCCGGCCAGCAAGAACAUCAUCAGAAGACACCUGACGGCGGAGCUGGAGGCGCUCAUCUUGCCAGCCAGAUCGACACUAGAGCACUAUGUACGAGUUAGGGCGAAAUCUAGAGUCCUGGGCGGUUCUUUGGGGCGUACUUUUUCGCGGUCGUGCGGCGGACUCGUCGGUACUUCUUCGGCUAAUCGGGAUUCGUUCGUCAAAGACCAGCAGAAGGCGAACAGCAGCAUUAGGAUCUUUAACGGACGUGGACCUGAAUUUUAGGGCAAAUUUUAACCCAACAAAUUGGAAACACCAAAAAUGAAUUAUGUAGUUUUAGAUUAAAUUUAAUAAUACCUACGCUGUAUAAUUUUUUCAUGUUCUGUGAUAUCGAUUAUUGUUUUACGUCGUGUGUCUAUUUAACAGUAUCCACUAGAAUUUUCGUAAAUCCAUCUGCAGUAAUACUAAUUAAUGGAACUUAAUUAGUUCGUUAAACAUUGAUAAAAUUAGUGCUACUUUGAAGUAGACACACACCGAUUUAUUUAUUUGUUGGUUAAAGUAAUUGUGCAAAAUUAUUUUUCAUAAUCAAAUCAAACCGAAAUGUAUUGUAUAUGUAAGAAAGAUAAUGGAUUUUAAGAAUAACAAUAACUAUUAACAAACAAUAAUAAUAACUAAAAUGCAAAAGUGUUUCAUAAU